AUCCUCUUUGGUGUCUCUUGGUAAUUAGGGAGGAAGGUAUUUUAUCAAACUAAAGGUAUAUUGGCAGGGAAUUGUUUUAUUUCAUGAAAAUUGGCGAAUUAAUUUGUGAAUAAGUCGCCGUGGUGUUUCUGUAUAAAAAGAAAUGGCUGAUAAUACCAAUUCUGCAUGUGGCUUUGUCGAGGAGAAACAGGAAAAUGAGGUGCUAGUCCAUGAGGAAGGUGGCAUAAUUGAUAGUGAGUUCGUUCAGGUGAAAGAGGAAAGCGAGGUGCUAAUCCCUGAAGAAGGUGGUCUUGUUGGUGUGAAACAGGAAAGCGAGAUGUUAGUCCCAGAGGAAGUUCCCACAAUUUAUAUCAAAGAAGAGAAAAUACAGGAGGAUGAUGAUGAUUUAAGCAACUGCGACGCCUCCACAAAGGAAGAAAUGACCGUCGAAGUGGAUCCUACUUGUGCCCAUGAAAGUGGCUGUAGAGAUGAAAAGUUCUAUGAAUGUUCUCAGUGGGAUCAUAAAUCUGUUACUCCCCAAGAUUUGAAAAAACAAACAGCCCGACAUACUCGUGAAAAGCGUAAUCACUGUCCUCACUGUGAUUAUAAAUGUGUUAAACUUCCAGAUUUGAAAAAACAUAUAAUGGCGCGUCAUACAGGUGAGAAACCUCAUCAAUGCCCUCACUGUGUUUAUAAAUCCGUGCUACCUCAGGAUUUGAAAAAACAUAUAAUAGCCCGUCACACUGGUGAGAAGCCUUAUCAAUGUCCUCAUUGUGACUAUAAAUCUGUACAAUCUACACAUAUGAAAUCACACAUAAUGUGCCGUCAUAUAGGUGAGAAGUCCCAUCAAUGUCCUAACUGUGAUUAUAAAGCCGUGCUACCUUAUGAUUUGAAAACACAUAUGAUAGCCCAUCAUACUGAUGAAAAGCCUCAUAACUGUCCUUACUGUGAUUAUAAAUCUGUAAAAUCUACUCACAUGAAAACACAUAUAAUGUCCCGUCAUACAGGUGAGAAGCCUCAUCAAUGCCCUAACUGUGCUUAUAAAGCCGUGGUACCACAGGAUUUGAAAAAACAUAUGAUAGCCCGUCAUACUGGUGAGAAGCCCUAUCAGUGUCCUUACUGUGACCAUAAAUCUGUACAAUCUACACAUAUGAAAACGCAUAUAAUGUCCCGUCAUACGGGCGAGAAGCCUCAUCACUGUCCUCACUGUGACCAUAAAUGCGUUAAAUCUCAGGAUUUGAAAAGACAUAUAAUAUCACGUCAUACUGGUGAAAAGCCUUAUCAAUGUCCUUAUUGUGAUUAUAAAGCUGUACAAUCUGCACAUAUGAAAAACCAUACAAUAACCCAUCAUUCUGGUGAGAAACCUCAUCAAUGUCCUCACUGUGAUUAUAAAUCUAUACAAUCUGCACAUAUGAAAACACACAUAAUGUACAGGUGUAAAAACACAGGAAAUACAGGUGAAAAGACUCAUCAGUCGGGCUCGGAUACGAAGAUCUAAAUUUUAUAAAGUAUGGAUCAUAAAAAAAAAAUUAGAUCUAAAAAAAGGUAUUAAGUCAUUUAUUAAAAUUAGAAUAUAGUAUACCAUAAUAUUUUUAGUGUUUAAACAUGACAAACAUAAAUGAAUUUAGUAAAGUUGAGUACGAACAUUAAACCAUAAUGUUUACAAAAAUUGUAAUGUACAUUAUCUAAUAACAAAAAAGGGCAAAUUCCUAAACUCAUGGCUAAUUCCAUCAAUCAAUUCUUCAAACCAGGAGCGAUGGACAGCGAUUUAUACUCACUUCAGGAACGACCAGGGGACUUGACUAUUUCAUAAUCAAGCUGAUAGUAUUAGUAAAAAGUACAGAGUACAAGUACUAAUAUUGUUUAUUUUAUGGAUUGAUAAGAAAAAGGUACAAGUCAAUAAGUGGCUAGAUUAUUUUUAGAGAGAUAAGUUUUGAGAAGAUUAAUUUAAAAACAGGCUUAAUCCAUUGACAAGUUUCUGUUCUCUGCCACCGUUUAGAAGGAAGAAAAAUCUAUCAGGACUUAUAGUCAUCAAUAGCUAUACUUACUAGUAAAUGAUAAUAAUAUCGUACUAGUAGUUUGUAUUUGUGUUAUGAUAACAUAGUACAAAAUUGCAAAAUACAAAUUAAAAGUACUAGUAAGUGUUUUAUAAAGAUGGUUAAUAGUACAAAUCAUAUGAUUUCACUCAUAUUUUUUUGUACUAUUAGUACAAAUUUGAGUUCACUUGUAAUAUCGAAUUAUUAAAUAUAGUUUACUGUUUAAUAUUAAGUGAAUACUUUUUACAGGUGAUAAUGGAAAUCUUAAUGAUCAAUCAACAAACCAUCAUUUGACGAACAUUUAGAGUCAGAAAUAACUUUAGUUUAAAUAUGGAAAGAAAACGUUUUUAAAUUUCAUUGCCCAAACUCAAGAUAAUGUUUGUGGAGAUGACAAAAGAGUACUUUUGGCUCAACGGCUGUGUAUUGCUUGCCCUACAUUAGCUUAAAAAUAGGAACAAAUAUUGUGAGGCAUUGGCGGAUCUAUGGGGAGAGGGACUUUUGAGCUGAAGCCCGGCAAAAAAAUGGAAUAUUAUUUUUGUGAGGAGAAUUGUGCUGAAGCCUUUCCCUAUCAAAAUUGAAAAAUAAUUUUGCGAGAGGAGGCCAUUGGGCUAAAGCCUCUUUCUCCAAAAAUCCAAAAAUAUUUUUUGAAGUAAAAACUUCUUUAGGCACGUUUUACACUAUUUUUGUGGAGAGUGAAUUAGAUUGAGCCGGCAGGCUCUGACAUGUACUGCUCAAUCGGGUAAAGUUGCCUCGAUUCGACUAAUUGAAGUGUUUUUGCAUAUCGAUUAAAAUAUCUCAGAAACCAUAAGUUGGACCUGCAAUAUAGGACUACUGUAAGCAACCUAACUGCAUACUGUAAAUGAGGGAAAUGUUUAGCAUUUCUUCUUCUUUGUGAUGAGCUAGCAUUCUGAAUUGUAUUUUAAGGCGACGGCAUGUUAGAGGAGCGAAAAGCGAAAAAAUAGUUUUGAAAACCAAAUGAUAUCAAGUUUUUUUUUUAUAAUUGGUAAUUGGUUGACUGUCGUGGAUAAUGAAGAGAAGAAUAGUUGGGGUGGUCAGUCCAAAAUGAAGGCAAAAAUAAAUGAUAAUAUUUAUUUUUUACAUAUGCCGACGUUUCGACCUGAAGUUCAGGCCUUCAUCAGGGCUAAGAAAAUAACCAGAUAACAAGGUAUGAGAAACAUAAGUUAUGAUGGUAAAAAAAAAAUAAUAAAAAAAAUAAAUAAAAAUAAAAAUAAAAUAGAUAAAUAUAAAAUAAAAUGAAAUUGUUAGAAUAAUGACUAAGAACUAAGAGAUAAAUAAAAAAAAACCGUUACAAAGUGUGGAAUGAUGAAGUAGGCAUAAUCAAAAAGGGUGACAAAAGUGUUACAAUGGGAAUCUUAGAAUAAAAUGUAAAACAUAAAAAAGAAAUAUGAAGUUAUAUAAGUAAUGAAAAUAAAUAGUAAAAUUAAAACAUUGAGAAUGAAGUAGUUAGAUAGAAAAUUGAGAUAUUGUAAAGUCUAUCAAGAUGUACAGACAAUGUAUAAUAUAAUAAAGAGUUAAAAACAGAGAAAAGGAAUGAAAGGAAGGAGGGAAGAAAUUGAGAAAGCUGAAAUAAGAAAGAAAUAAAAGAAGUACUACCUGUCUCCUUAAGUGUCGCAGGGAGAAUAAAAGUCGUUACAAGGGAGGGGGAGAGAGAAGAGAUGUGUAGGUGGCGUCAUCUCUAACGGUUAUCCGACGAAGUUUGAACUAAAGCGCUGGAAGUGUAAAUAGGUACGAGAGAUAUAUUACUCAGAAAAAUUAUGGAGUUAUCGAUAUCAAGUUUUAUUGAAGGUAUGGACUAAAAUAUCUCAAAAACUAAAAAUUGGACUUGGUCACGGUAAGAAUAUUAAUUUCAUUCUGUCACAUUAGAGGGCAUUAAUAUUAAGGCUACAUGUAUCAUUCACACAAUACGUACAAAUAAUAACUAAGAUUUCGAUAAUAAAGAAAAAUAAAAAUAAAAUAAGUAAAUUGAUAUGCCUGUGUUGUGUACAAGAAUAUGAAAUAAUAGAUGAAAGCUAAAUGAAAUUAAAGUAAAUAAAACGCAUUCACACCUAUAUACAAUAUUUACAUUCACCCAGGGGACUCUAAGUCAUGCUUUAUCCCCCAAUGUGGAAGCCAAGGCAGGACUCCAGGAGAUCCCAGUGCUUCUCUCUCAGCUGCGUCACUGUUAUUUGAAACGAGUGGAAACUGAUGGAGGGCACUACACCAACAUACACUCAUGUCUUGAGUGGAGAAUCUGGCCAUCGCCAGAACUCCAA